AUGUCUUCAGCUCAACAACGCCUAAACCAGGUCUCCUCCCACUUCGGCUCUGCCGGCAAGAAGGGAGCCGCCUCUAUCACCGAGAAACACCCCGAUGAUAUUGUCGUCACAUGUGCUCUGCGAACCGCCCUGACCAAGGGUGGCAAGGGUGGCUUCAAGGACACCGCUGCUGCUGACCUGCUUGCCGGUGUCUUCAAGGCCGUUAUCAAGAAGUCCGGUAUCGACCCCAGCGCCGUCGAGGAUGUCGCUGUUGGCUCCGUCCUGCCCCCCGCGGUGGCCCUGAACCGUCAGUGCUCUAGUGGUCUGCAAGCCAUCGUCGAUAUUGCCAAUGCCGUGCAGUCUGGCAUGAUCGAGGUUGGCAUCGGCGCUGGUGUUGAGAGCAUGUCUUCCCAGUAUGGCCCUGGUGCUGUGACCGAAUUCUCUGAGCUCCUCGAGAGCCACCCCGAGUCCGCCAACUGCAAGGUUCCCAUGGGUGUCCUGUCCGAGGAUAUGGCCAAGGACCGUGGCAUCUCCCGUGCUUCCCAGGAUGCUUUCGCCGCUGCCUCCUACCAAAAGGCCGUCAAGGCCCAGAAGGCUGGCCUCUUCAACGAGGAGAUUGCUCCUCUCGAGGUCAAGUGGACCGAUCCCAAGUCUGGCGAGGAGAAGACCAUUACCGUCAAGGCUGAUGACGGUAUCCGCGAGGGCAUUACCGCUGAGUCCCUCGGCAAGAUCCGCCCGGCCUUUGCCAAGGAUGGUUCUAUCCACGCCGGUAACGCCUCUCAGAUUUCCGACGGUGCCGCCGCCGUCCUGCUCAUGAAGCGCUCUACUGCCGAGCGUCUGGGCCAGAAGAUCAUCGGAAAGUACGUUUCCGCCAGCAUUGUCGGCGUCAAGCCCUUGCUCAUGGGUAUUGGCCCCUGGAAGGCUAUCCCCGUUGCCCUUGAGAAGGCCGGCAUCACCAAGGAUGAUGUUGACAUCUACGAGAUCAACGAGGCCUUUGCUUCCCAGUGUGUGUGGUGUAUCAACGAGCUUGGCUUGCCCCAAGAGAAGGUUAACCCCAAGGGUGGUGCCAUCGCCUUCGGUCAUCCUCUUGGUUGCACUGGCUCUCGCCAGGUGAGCACACUUCUGACUGAGCUCAAGCGGACCAACAAGAAGAUUGGUGUCACCAGCAUGUGCGUCGGUACUGGUAUGGGUAUGGCCGCCGUCUGGGUCGCCGAGUAA